AGCAGGUUCUAUGUUGAAUCGGGGCUCGUUGCUGGAUUUUGAAUUUCUCUUUCGGGCCAUGCCAGCGUCAAAUAAAAAAAAGGAAAACUGGGUGUUGCAAGUGCAAUUGCGCACUGUCACGUGACCCUACACAGGAAAGAAAGAAUUGAUACUAACCGUGUACUGUAGUGAGGCAGCUCCUAAAACCCUCAAAUCCCCCUGACCGAUAAACUAGACCUUUGGGGGUGUAGAGAGGUCCCCGGCGACCACCGAUGGAGUUCUUCGACCUAAACGUCCCGUACGAGAAACCCUCACCAGGCAUCGGCAAAACCUCCAUUGAAGCUAACCGAACCAAGAUUGCCGUGAAGGCCAUGGAACUUGGCUACACCGGAAUCGCCUACAACCGCACCGUCGAGGGUGUCCUCUCCGAUAAACUGCGGUGCUCCAUCAAACCUCUCUCCAUCUCCUCUCUCCUCAACAUUCUCCCUUCUCUCCCACUCUCCGCCAAGCUCCACCGCGACCUCCUCCGUAUCCCGUUGUCCACCCCUUUCCAUCAGUACACGCGCAUCACCGUCUGCGUCGACAAUCCCUUCCAAACCAACGCCGCCUACUGCGAUAACCCUAUUCUCAAGACCUACGACCUCGUCGCCAUUAAGCCCUCCAAUCAGAUCACAUUCGAUAUGGCAUGCCAGAGAUCGGAGGUAGACAUCAUUACGAUUGAUUUUUCGAAGAAGUUGCCAUUUAAAAUUAAGCAGAACAUGGUUAAAGCCGCUGCUGAGCGAGGGGUCUGCUUUGAAGUCAGUUACUCUGGUGUUUUAACUGAUGCCGAAAUAAGGAGGCCUUGGAUCUACGGUGCUAAGUGUUUGAUGGAGUGGACUCGGAGAAGAAACGUUAUAAUUUCAAGUGGGGCUCCUUCAGUGAAUGAUCUUAGAGGACCUUGUGAUGUCGCAAACUUGUUAUCAUUAUUGGGACUCUCCAAGGAGCGAGCUAAAGAUGCUAUUUCUAAAAAUUGUAGGAAUCUUUUGGUAAAAGCUUUAAGGAAAAGACGGUUUUACAAAAGCGCAAUAAGAGUGGAACCAUUAUUAAUAACUGCAACAUCGAAUUCUGAGGAGGAUCUGCGUGAAGAGUUACUAAAGUGGGAUCCUCUCUCCAGUGAAGGUGGCAUCCCCUUGAAUAACUCGGCAAAGUGUUUUUCAUCAAAAUCUUCUGAAGCAUCAAAAAAGGCGAAAUCCAUUGACUUUGCUUCACUUGUUGGCAGCAUGCCAUUUCAUGGUUUUCAAGUGAAGGAUUUCUUACCUGCAAAUAAUGCUUCCGCCGUCGUCCCAGAUGGUGAAAAGGUCAGUCAGUCAACACCUGCAAUUAACAACUCAACUGAGCAGCCUAUCAGGCAAGGUGAAAGCUUAGUAUCUGAUGCUAUGGAAGCAGACCAGGUAGUGACGACAACAUACAAUUAUAAUGAGAUGGACAAUCCUACUUGUGCCAGAGAGUUAGAAAAAAAUUCUACUGAUUUGGGUGAUGAUUGCACUACCAUUGAAUCUAAAGCACAUGUUUCACAAUCAAACUUGGGCGCUCUCAGCAUCACGAUGGAUACUUUGAUACAAAAUGAGAAAGACGAUCAGCAGAAAUUUCUGCAAGAUGCCAACCGUGAUGAUGAACAAGCUGGUAAACUUGAAACUGAUGCUGUUGGACUUGAUGAGAUGGAAACUGAAGAGGAUGGUUCUGCAGUUGUAACACGUCAAUUGCAACAUGCGACGACAAAAGAUCAAACUGUUGGUGGAGUGAGCACCGAAUUCAAUCAAGUCCCAGUUGAGUCCAUAUCAGGUCGAUCAAGAGAGAAGCGCAAAAAAAACUCCUGCACCACCUUUUGACCCACUUAAACAAUCAUUAAAUCGAAUGCCUUUUAAGAAGAAAGGAAAAAGGAGGAGCAAAACUCAGCAAGAAUAAUCCCCCCGGUCUUCUACACUUUAUGCUCUUCAAUCUCUAAAUCCUCACUAGGAGGAGCUUCAUACAUCUCAGUAAUUUUUGCAUUAUUUAUACUGUAUCGAGGAAUUCGCCGUGUUAAUGUCUGAACUGUGAUGUCAUUUCACACAUACAUAUAUGGGAACUUUUUUUUUUAACGGAUA